AUGUACAUACAUUUGGAUGCGAGGAUACUCCUGGAACCUGCAGGAUAUGCAGCUGCCUACAACAACGACCCACAAUUUUACGAACAAAACUUUGAAAAUCUGGAAAAUACCUUCAAGCCACCUGAAGAUUCUCCUGAAAUACACAUUAAUUCAUCUUGUCUUGCUACAUGCUCGAGAAACGACAUAGAGCUGGAUGGUUCUUUCAAGAGUUCAUUCUCUUAUGUGGGUGAAGAUAAGGCCGGUGGAGAUGUAGACAAGGUUGUUGUUUCACAUACUUGGCCGCCCCUUUUUCCUGAUACUGCUCAUAUUGAUCAACUCAGCAGAAUUUGUAGCAUCUUGGGAAACUUGACUGAGGAAGUCUGGCCAGGUUGUUCUAAACUUGCUGGCUACAAAAAGAUUUCAAUCAAUAAGGUAGAAAAUCCAAUUGGCUUGGAAGCGUGCCUGGCCAACUGGUCCCAUGAAGAAAUCUCUCUGGUCAAAAGACUUGUCUGCUAUGACCCGGCUAGGAGAGCCACGGCAAAGGAACUGCUCCAUGACAUGUAUUUCAGUGAAGUGCCUCCUCCUCCUUAG